UUAAAGCCUUCUCUUGGUAAAACAAAGGCGCGCCUUUUCCUAAGUUGGAUAUGUCUUUGGUUAGUCGAUGUCUAAGCUACUGUGAAUCAUCAUCUUCAUUAUAUUCCCCUGUUUCCCCCGUUAUUUUAAACCUUUUAAAAUCUUGCAAAGCCCUCAAAACUCUCCAACAAAUCCACAGCCAAAUCAUCCGCCAAGGCUUCGAACAAGACCACUUUAUCAUAACCCAGUUCAUCUCUCUCUGCAACUCUCUAUCUUCCAAUUUCACAUACAUUUCAUCUGUAUUUGAUCGUGUAAAUACACCCAAUAUAUAUCUUUGGAACACGUUAAUUAAGGUAAAGUCUCAGCAUUCAUCCAUUGAAGAGUGUCUUUUGUUGUUUCGCCGAAUGAAGAGGUGUGCGGAUGUGUGUGGUGAUAAGUAUACUUUUCCGUCUUUGUUGAAGGUCUGUGCUCGUGAAUUGGCGGUGAGAGAUGGGUGGGUUGUUCAUGGGGUGAUUGUGAGAUGUGGGGUGGAGGGAGAUGUGUUUGUUGGGUCGAGUUUGGUUGAUUUUUAUGGGAAGUGUAGGGAGAUUGAGUGUGCGCGUAAGGUGUUUGAUGAAAUGUCUGUGAGAAAUGAGGUGUCGUAUACGGCUAUGAUUGUUGGGUAUGCGAAUGUGGGUGAUUUUGAGAUGGCGGUUAGUUUGUUUGAGGAAAUGCCGUGUAGGAAUGUCGCGUCUUGGAAUGCGGUGAUCAAUGUGUUUGUGAGGGUAGGGGAUUUGGGGGGUGCGAGGAAGUUGUUUGAUUUGAUGCCGGAGAAGAAUGUGGUUUCUUUUACUACAAUGAUUGAUGCGUAUGCUAAGUCCGGUGAUAUGGCGUCUGCAAGGUUUUUGUUUGAGCAGUCGACUAGUAAGGAUGUUGUUUUGUGGUCUGCAUUGAUAUCUGGGUAUACUCAGAAUGGACAGGCUAAUGAAGCGGUAAAAUUGUUCACUGACCUGCGUGCGCAAAAUGUUAGACCUGAUGAGUAUAUAAUAGUUAGUUUGAUGUCUGCCUGUUCCCAAAUUGGUAAUUUGGAAUUGGCUAAAUGGGUUGAUUCAUAUAUUAGCCAGAGUUCGCUUGAUUUACGUAGACCUCAUGUUGUUGCAGCUCUAGUAGAUAUGCAUGCAAAAUGUGGGAAUAUGGAGAAGGCGACCAUGUUGUUUAAGAAAAUGCCUAAACGGGACUUGAUUUCAUAUUGUUCAAUGAUACAGGGGCUGUCCAUUCAUGGGUGUGGACCUCAGGCUGUUGCUCUAUUUUAUAGUAUGCUAAGUGAGGGAAUUAUUCCUGAUGAUGUUGCCUUUACUGUCAUCCUAUCAGCUUGUAGUCAUGCGGGGCUUGUUGAAGAAGGUUGCCAAUUCUUUGAUGUCAUGGUUAAUAAAUAUUCUAUUGUUCCGUCUCCAGAUCACUAUGCAUGUAUUAUUGAUCUUCUUGGUCGAGCAGGAAAGCUGAAAGCAGCUUAUGAUGUAUUGAAAUCGAUGCCCAUUGAGCGUUAUGCUGGAGCUUGGGGUGCACUUCUCGGCGCAUGUAAUUAUGUUUUGUUGUCUAACAUUUAUGCGGAAGAAGAUAGGUGGCUGGAUGUCUCUCUUGUUAGAAAUAAAAUGCUUGAAAGAGGUUUGAGGAAGGUGCCAGGUUGUACCCGCAUACAAUCAAAUAGCGAAAAAAAUUAAAUCAGAAAAUUUUGAUAUCAACGCUCCCAUUGUUUGGUGGGUUUAAAGGAAGCCACAGGAGUAUGAACAAUGGCGAGCCGAGCAACACUUCGAGAUCUGUGCUUGUAACAUGCAGGUAUUAUCUCGUUAAGGUACAUUGAUGUACAUAAAGUCCAAGUUCUUGCAAGAAACAUUACAAGCUCGAUAUUUUUUUUGAAUUUGAAGUGUAAUAUGGAUCUAUGAUGUAUCUUGUACAUGAGAGCUAUGGUCAUCCUACAGACGAGAUGCUUGCCUCAUUGCGGUGGAUAAGUGGAUAGGUCACGAUGAAUGUUGGGUCGUCUUCCCCUCCUCCAG